AUGAAAACUGUUCACUUUCAUGUCAAUUCCAAACAUCGAGCCGAAAAAGAUGUGAAAAACAAUUUUAGUAAGAAUAAAGUAGAAAUUUUAAGAAAAUUGAUAACAACGCUUCGAACAUCACAUCAAGCUAUUGUCAAAAAAUCACUAGUCCUUCUUUUCGCUCAACUUUUCGGUGUUAUGCCAGUAACAGGAGUGAAAGCAAAAGAUAUACGAGGACUAUCUUUUUCAUACUUUUCAAUCAUUUUCAUUUAUAGUCUCAUUGUAUUCAUUUCAUUAGCUUUUUACUUCAGCACAACAUUGAUAGUGAUAAAAGCUUUUUUAGAUCCCGUUAUUUUUUAUGGUUCAAUUGUUUGCAUCUAUUACAAGUUUGGAAAUCUGGCAAGGCAAUGGCCGAAACUCAUGCAGAAAUGGGAAAAAAUUGAACGCAAUUUGCCCGAACAUCCGACGCAGUUGUCGAAGGCCGCGUUGGCGCAGAGAAUAAAAAUGGUCGCAAUCGUCGUUCUUAUGAUGUCGUUAAUUGAGCAUCUUCUGAAUAUCAUAACGAUAGUGCAUUACGCCAACUAUUGCAACACAGGACAGGAUCCAGUUCAACAAGUCUUCAAAUCUCAAUUGUCGCAAUUGUUCUAUAUUACGGAGUUUUCAGUUUUCAAAGCAAUAUUUGGGAAAUUGGUGAAUGUGAUUGCAACUUUCACCUGGAAUUAUAUGGAUCUGUUUGUAAUGGUUGUUAGUAUCGGACUAUCUGAUAAAUUUCGCCAAGUCAAUGCUAGUUUAUUUCGUAUGAAAGGAAAGGUUACAUCCGAAUCAUAUUGGUCACAACACCGAGACCACUACAGGAGUCUCUGCCGCCUUUGCGAGGACAUCGAUAAUGCGAUUUCAUUCAUAACUAUGUUUUCCUUCUCCAACAACCUCUAUUUCAUUUGUGUGCAGUUACUCCGUAGUUUAAAUAAGAUGCCAUCCUUCGCGCAUACAUUGUACUUCUGGUUUUCAUUAGUAUUCCUAAUAGGGCGAACCCUCGCUGUGUCCUUGUAUUCAGCCGAAAUUAACGAUGAAUCGAAACGCCCAGUGCAAGUUUUUCGUUGUGUCCCAAAGGAGUCUUGGUGCCUUGAGGUGAAAAGAUUUUCGGAAGAAGUGAAUACCGAUAUCGUUGCUCUGUCAGGGAUGAAAUUUUUCCACUUGACCCGGACGCUUGUAUUAAGUGUUGCUGGAACUAUUGUUACCUACGAAUUGGUGUUGAUUCAAUUUCAUGUUCAAGAAGGGUACCUCGGAUGCUACUAUUCACAAACACCGCCAAUUUCGCCAAUUCUCUCCUUCCUACUUCUUUCACCUUCAAGGACUCUGCAUAGAAGACGGUUCGCCUGCAAUAGUCAGGCCAAAAUAUGCAAUUAUAUUCUUCUGCAACGCCACAAUGGAAUUCUCCUUAUUUAUGGUCCUCGCUCACAAAUGGCCUCGACUCAUGAGGAAAUGGGAGGCGACCGAAAGAAGUUUACCAAAAUACCAAACGCAGGUGGAAAGCGCCUUAGCUUCUCGCAAAAUCAGAAUGAUUGCUUUGGUAUUCUUUCCAUUGUCGUUACUAGAUCAUCUGUUAAACAAUGUUUCGGUGAUUUGAAGCAAAUAUCCUUUGCACUCGAAUACACCACUUGGAAAGCGAUUGUAGUUGAGAUCGUUAGCAUAAUCGCAACGUUUGUUUCAAGUUAUGUAGAUGUGUUUGUGAUGGUUGUAUGCAUUGGAAUCUCAGAAAGAUUUCAACAAGUGAAUAGACGCAUAAUUGCGGUGAAAUGGAAAGUGAUUUGGAAGGGUAUGCAGUUGGGCGGCAUUCCUAUAAAGAAUCUGCUUAUCAGGCGAAAAAAGAUAAAUUUAAAGCCAAAUAACCCUGGGAAGCAGAAGUCUUCUCCAUUAUUGAGUACCAAAAGUGAAAGUUUGGGCCAUAGUGCAGGUUUCAAGUAUUUGAGAAGAGCGACAAAGGAAGAUUUCAUGUAUAAUGGAAGUUUUCAUGAAGCAGUUGGAACAGUUUUGUUAAUAGCCCAAUUCUUCGCAAUAAUGCCGGUGCGAGGUGUGAAGUCAAAGAACGCAAACGGUCUUUCUUUUAGAUGGUGUUGCUUUCCAGCGCUAUACACAGGAAUCGUAUUAAUUUUCCUUGCUUUCUACUUCAUUUUAACGAUUUACUUCGUAUUCGCUACUAACAAUUUCGAAUUGGCUGAUAUUGAUCCGAUAAUAUUCCAAGGUUCAUGCUUAUGCGUAUGCGGCAUGUUUGCCAAUUUAGCUAGAAAAUGGCCAGGUUUGAUGCGGAAAUGGCACGAUAUAGAGGUGCAGUUACCAGAUCAUCAGUCGCAAAUGCAUCGUGCUGCACUAGCUUAUAAAAUUAAAAUGAUAGUUCUGCUCACAGUUGUGAUGUCCCUAAUUGAACAUCUUUUGAGUAUUAUUUCGAAUAUUCAUUACAUCAACUACUGUAAAACCGGGGAAGAGCCAUUUGAAACCUUCUUCAGAAUACACCUUUUCCACAUGUUCGCUAUAACUGACUAUGCGAUAUGGAAAGCAAUCUUCGGAAAAUUUCUGAACAUCAUUGGAACCUUCGUUUGGACUUACAUGGAUAUAUUUGUGAUGGUCGUAAGCGUUGGGCUAUCAGAAAAAUUCCGGCAAGUCAACAAGAGCUUGUUUCGCAUCAAAGGAAAGAUGAUGCCUGAAUCAUUUUGGUAUGAACACCGAAUGCAUUACAGAAACCUAUGCAAUCUUUGCGAGGAUGUAGACAAUGCUAUAUCACAAAUAACCAUGGUCUCCUUUUCGAACAAUGUGUACUUCAUAUGUGCACAACUGCUUAAAAGCCUCAACCCCAUGCCGUCCGUCGCUCACGCCGUUUAUUUCUGGUUCUCAAUGAUUUUCCUGCUUGCAAGGACUCUUGCGGUGUCUUUGUAUUCGGCUGAAAUAAAUGAUCAGUCUAAAAAGCCAGUUGAAAUUUUCCGCUGCGUUCCCAAGGAAUCUUGGUGCCUGGAGGUAAAGAGAUUUUCUCAAGAAGUGAACAGCGACACAAUAGCACUGACGGGUAUGAGAUUUUUCUACUUAACACGGGGUCUAGUUCUGAGUGUUGGUGGCACGAUUGUGACUUAUGAGUUGGUUCUGUUUCAAUUCAACGUCGGCGCCGGAGUUCACACGACAUGCUAAGCGAAAGCGUUUUCAGCAACACACAUGGCUGCAAAUCAAUUUUAUCAUUUCAAUUUGGUCAAUUAUCAAUUGCUUCACGUAGGCUGGGAAUUAUAAUAUUCAACUAGAACAAAUUUCCAACACGUGCCCUCUGAUGUAAGACUUCCUUGUUGCUGUGGAACA